AAUAGCACAUAAAGAUCUUUGAAGUCGACCAACGUUUCCAUUAAUAAAAGAUGUAAAACUUAUAUACAUUGAGAUUCAUACUCAAAACAUACCAAAAUUCAAGUUUUAGAAUAUGAAUUGUAAUACAAGAAAUUGAUUAGUGAACUCUUAAGUGCUAAUUGGAACUGUCAUUAGUUUAAUGAUCAACUAGCUACUAUACAUAUCAAGACAUAAAAUAUAUUUUGGUUUGUUAUUAAGCAAUUUAAAGCUCAUUUGCACACAUCAUUUAGAAAAAAAUAAAAUUAAAAAAAUAGUGCAUCUUGAGAGUAAUUAACAAGUUAUAUGGUGGAGUUAACAAGCAAAACCAGGCUUUUGUGGUGAAAUAAACAAUUACUCUUGAAAUAGAAAAUAUAAAGAAAUAAAUUACCUUCUUGUACAUGAACUGCAAGUUGGUUUGGCUCAUGAGCUAUCCUUUGGGAUAUAGCAUGAGACUAAAUACUAUAUUCAUAGCUAAGAUGCGGCGAAAUGGAUUCUGUUCAUAAUUUUUUUCUGUAUAAUUUCUCCACUAAUGGAAUCUCAUUUGCCCCUUGAAGAUUAAACUACAAAUUAUAUUUUCUGAAUCAGAAAUGUCAACCCUUUAACAUAUUAUAAAUAUCCUUUCAUUUUCUCUAUACAUCAUCAAUCAAAACUGCUUCAGUUUUCUCUUUAUCUCCCAUUGUAGAGCAAGAAAAAGAGUGAGUGAAUUGGAUAAAAGAGAAAAGAAAAGAAAAGAAAAGGAAUAAAAGAAUGGGUGAUAUUGAGGGAUCUCCAGGUAGUUCCAUGCAUGGGGUGACAGGAAGAGAGCAAACAUUUGCAUUGUCUGUUGCUUCACCUAUAGUCCCAACAGAUACAACAGCAAAAUUUGAUUUACCAGUUGAUUCUGAACACAAGGCAAAAGUGUUCAAGCUUUUCUCGUUUGCUAAUCCCCACAUGAGAACCUUUCACCUUUCUUGGAUUUCUUUCUGCACUUGCUUUGUGUCCACCUUUGCAGCUGCUCCACUUGUUCCUAUCAUUCGCGAUAAUCUUAAUUUAGUUAAAUCUGAUAUAGGAAAUGCUGGUGUUGCUUCUGUUUCUGGAAGUAUCUUUUCUAGACUUGUAAUGGGUGCAAUUUGUGACUUAUUAGGACCAAGAUAUGGCUGUGCUUUUCUUAUCAUGUUAUCUGCUCCAACUGUGUUUUGUAUGUCGUUUGUGUCCUCAGCUGGAGGAUACAUCGCUGUCCGAUUCAUGAUUGGAUUCUCUCUUGCAACCUUUGUUUCUUGCCAGUACUGGAUGAGUACUAUGUUUAAUGGCAAGAUCAUAGGACUUGUCAAUGGAACAGCGGCAGGAUGGGGAAACAUGGGCGGGGGUGCAACUCAGCUAAUUAUGCCUUUAGUCUAUGACUUGAUUCAGAGAGUUGGGGCAACUCCAUUUACUGCUUGGAGGAUUGCAUUUUUCGUUCCGGGUUUACUUCAUGUGAUUAUGGGAAUCUUGGUCUUGACUCUAGGCCAAGAUUUGCCUGACGGGAACCUUGGCGCCCUACAGAAGAAGGGCGAUGUUGCUAAAGAUAAAUUCUCCAAGGUAAUGUGGUAUGCUAUCACAAACUACAGAACCUGGAUCUUUGUCCUUCUUUAUGGCUACUCUAUGGGUGUUGAAUUGUCCACUGAUAAUGUUAUUGCCGAGUACUUCUACGAUAGGUUCAAUCUUAAGCUACAGACGGCAGGCAUCAUUGCUGCAACCUUUGGUAUGGCUAACCUUGUUGCUCGCCCUUUUGGCGGAUUCGCCUCCGAUUAUGCAGCCAGGUACUUUGGCAUGAGAGGAAGAUUAUGGGUUCUGUGGAUUCUCCAGACACUAGGAGGAGCCUUCUGCAUCUGGCUUGGCAGAGCCAAUUCCCUGCCAAUUGCAGUCUUGGCAAUGAUUCUCUUCUCGGUUGGUGCUCAAGCUGCUUGUGGAGCUACUUUUGGUGUAAUCCCCUUCAUUUCCAGACGUUCUUUGGGUAUUAUUUCAGGACUAACCGGUGCUGGUGGCAACUUUGGUUCUGGGUUAACACAACUGAUCUUCUUUUCAACCACAAGAUUCUCCACAGAAACAGGUCUUUCUUUAAUGGGUGUUAUGAUUGUUGCUUGUACUCUUCCUGUCACAUUAGUCUACUUCCCACAAUGGGGAGGAAUGUUCCUUCCACCAUCGAAAGACGCCAUGAAAUCCACUGAAGAAUUUUACUACGCAUCAGAAUGGAAUGAAGAGGAGAAGCAGAAGGGUUUGCACCAGCAAAGUCUCAAGUUUGCUGAGAAUAGCCGCUCGGAGCGUGGCAACCGAAUUGCCUCAGCACCAACACCACCAAAUACUACACCUAACCGGGUCUAGUCAACAAACAAGAAAGCAAGGUUUUUCAGGAUUGAUCAAGAUCAAGAGAGCAAAUUAUUCUUGGCCAUAAUAAUUGACAGAAGGUUUGUUCAGUAGUUACUACCAUUGCUCUAUUUUCUUGCCAUUUCCUGCAUUGACCCCUUCAUUUCUUCCGACAGUUUACAUGUUUUGGAGAAUCAAGAAAAGGGGGAAAAAGAAUAUUAACGAAAGUGAAUAUUCAUAUAAGUACUGUUUUUUAUAUAUUUUAUUAUAGAGAAUCAAGGAAAGAUGCAGAGAUCUCAAUGAAUAUAUUAAUUUAGAUUCUAUCUGGCCUGCAAUGAUCUAUUCUUCGCAUUCCAUAUCUGGAUGGAAUUGGAGAAAUAAAUUAAAUAAUGGGUAGAUUUCUUAGUUAGUACAGGAAAAUUUGACCUGUCUUUGAUUAUGAAACACAAUAUAAUGUAAACAAAGAUCCAACAAUUUGUAAAUAAACAAGAAAAAGAAAAAUUAUGCGUGUGUAA